CUUCCCGGUCUGGGCGUUCUGACCCAGCCCAGGGAGGGCUCCGGACGCGCUGAGGUUUCGGGGUGCUGGAGCCCGGUGCGGUUCUGCAGCCCUGCCCGGCACCCCGGCUGCCGCACCGCCGCUGCUCUCCCCGCCAUGCCCUCGCGGUCCCGCCGGCCGCUGCUGGCCCUGCUGGCGGCCCUGGGCUGGCUGCUGGCGCUGCAGCUGCUGCUGGACCUGCGGGCGCUGGGGCUGCUGUGCGGGGCGCUGGCCGUGCUGGGCGGCUGGCUGGGCCCCCCGGCGCUGCUGCCCCGCGGCCGCCGCCUGCGCCUGGAGCGCUUCGUCAGCUCGCUGCGGGCCCCGGCCGGCAGCGCCGCCGACGAGGGCCGCCUGCAGAGGGAGAUCGCCAGCACCGUGCGCAAGGUGGUGCGGGAUUUCGUGGCCUCGUGGUACCGCACGGUGAGCAGAGAGCCGGCCUUCGAGGCCGAGGUGGAGAGGGCCAUGCUGGGGCUGGCCGCGGAGCUGCGGCGGAGGAUGAGGCGCGUGGACCGGCGGGCGCUGGCCCGCCGCCUGCUCCUGCUCUGCGGGCAGCACCUGCAGAGCUUCCUGCGGGCCCGGGAUGCCCUGAGGGCCGAGCCCAAGGGCGGCCGGACGCUGUGGAGGGAGUACAGCCGGCUGGCGGGGCCGCACCCCGCCCUGCUGAGCCCCGCGGCCGAGGUGGGCUGUGCCCGCGCCGCCGUGGACGCGCUGCUGCAGGCACUGGUGCCCUGGCCGCACCUGGAGACACGGACAGGGCGUUUUGUGGUGGUGGAGCUGGUGGCCUGCAACGUGCUGCUGCCGGCCGUCAGGAAGAUGUCUGAUCCCGACUGGAUCAACCUGCUGCUCAUCGGGGCGUUUUCCAAGAAGCCCCGGGGUGGGAAGCCCCACCCUGCACCCCCCGUGCCGGAUUCCUUGCCUGUCCCGGCACAGACUGACACAGCUCCUGCCGGGCUCCCCCCGUCCCCGAGGGCUGCCGAGGGGCUCAGGAGAGAGGCUGGAGAGGAGGGAGAGGAGGCGAGCAGGUCAUGCCAUGCAGAGGAACCCUACCUGCGCCCCCAAGCUCUGGGAUCCCUCUUCCCCUGUGAGGGUUUGGAGUUGGAAUCCCCUGCACCUGACGUGGGGCAGGAUGCGGAGCUGCUGGCUCCUUCUCCUGCUGGAGAGCUCCUUGAUGAGCCUCCCCAGGACCCUUCUGUGCCAGAGGGAGCACCUGCCUCAGAGGAUGGCACAGGGGACCUGGACCACGGCCCUGGCCCCAGCUCGGAUGCUGGCCUGCUUCCCACCUCUGCUUUGAGUUCCUGCCCUGACAUCCAGAUCGAGCCAGCGGCUGAGAAGGAGGAGGAAAGCCCAGCUGUCCCCAGGAGGUUCUCCUCACAAAGACCCUCCAGCCUGGGGAGAGAUCUGGGGGCAGCAGAGGGCCCAGCACAGUUUCCCCCAGAGCCUGGGCAGAGCCUGCCCCUGCUGUCAUCCUCCCCAACAGCUUCCAUGAGCACCUUCAGCUUCGAGCCCCUGAGCAGCCCCGAGGGGCCGGUGGUCAUCCAGAACCUGCGGAUCACCGGGACCAUCACUGCCCGCGAGCACAGCGGCACCGGCUUCCACCCCUACACCCUGUACACCGUCAAGUAUGAGACAGCCCUGGAGGGCGAGGCCACGGGCAGCCUGCAGCAGGUGGCUUAUCACACCGUGAACCGCCGCUACCGCGAGUUCCUCAACCUCCAGACCCGGCUGGAGGAGAAGCCGGAGCUCCGCAAGUUCCUGAAAAACAUCAAAGGACCAAAGAAACUGUUCCCUGAUCUGCCAUUUGGAAACAUGGACAGUGAUAAAGUGGAAGCCAGGAAAAGUCUGCUGGAAUCUUUCCUAAAGCAAUUGUGUGCAGUCCCUGAGAUUGCAAACAGUGAGGAGGUGCAGGAAUUCCUGGCCCUCAACACCGACGCCAGGAUCGCCUUUGUCAAGAAGCCCUUCGUUGUCUCCAGGAUAGACAAGAUCGUUGUCAAUGCCAUCGUGGACACCUUGAAGACAGCGUUCCCCAGGUCAGAGCCCCAGAGCCCCACGGAGGAUCUGAGCGAGUCAGAAGUGGAUGGGAAAUCCCAGCCAGAUGGGAAGAAAAGCAAGUCCAGGCUGAGGUUCUCAUCCAGUAAAAUCACUCCAGUGCUGAGUGUGAGUGAAGCUCAUGACAGGAUCGUGUACUCCAUCAGGGAGGGCAAUGCUGUCUCUGGCACCCUGUCACUGGCUGCUAUGGAAUCCUUCAUCCAGAAGCAGGAGAAGCUGCUGGAAGCAGUCCCCAGCAAAGCUCCUGAAGGCCAGGGAGGCAGAGAAGCCAGGGAAAUCUCUGUGCAGGAAGAAAUGGAUGGGCUGAGCACAGUGGAGCAGGGAGGACAUCCAGACACUGACUCUGACUCUGAGACAGCUUUGGCUGACCUGGCCAUGGACGUGCUUCGUCUGGUGCUGGUGGAUCACUGGGGCUGGCUGUGCACAGAGAACAUCCAGAAGGUCUUCAACCUGCUCUUUGGGACUCUCCUUCAAAGAACUGGCACAAAGACCCUUGGCAGCCCCCUUGGUCCUCUUGACUGGAAAGUGCCACCAGCAAAGAGUGAUGCCUGACCCUCUUCAGUGUCCCUGAGUAAACCUGGAAGCAAAGCACUCCUGGGCUGGCAGUGCUGGGAGCACAGUGCCCAUGGGCAGGGAGCUCUGCCAGCCCUGGAGGGGCCAUGUCUGGCAGCUCAGCCUGUGCUCCCACUUCCCUUUGUCUUCCUGGCUGCCAGGUACCACUCCAGCCUCAGGCAGUGCCUCUGAGUUCUGCUGGCAGAAAUGCAACAUCAGUGCAGCUGGGGCAUCUGAAACCACUCACUCUCCUGGUUUGUUACCUGGGGAGUGGAUUUGGUCAUGUUUGAUGAGGAUCUUUGCAGCUGCACACAGAGGGGCUGUGCUGGCAGGCCCAGGUAUGUGGCAGCAAAGUCCCUGUCCCUAAAAACAAGCCUAAAAGCAGCACCAGAGUUGGGAACUGGGAGAAUCAACCUCAUGGCAUCUUACUCCUCAUUUCUGGGUUUGGCUGUUUGUGUUGUAGCCGUGAGGAGCAGCAGGAACUGCAGCCUGUGGUAUGUCAGUAAAAGUGAUUUCAGGACUCUCUGUGUCUUCGUGUGUAUAUGCAAAGUAAAUAAAAUCAGCUUGGAAAUGGGCCUCGAUUCAGUUGUCUCCAAGCACCUGGAAAUUUUGGAUCUGGCUUUGAAUCUCUGUCCCAAACAAAAUUUUUUUCCCUCUUCUAGAAGCAGCAUUCUUCCAAAAACAUCCACUCGAAUGAAGCCAGCACUCCAUGCUUUGAUAAUAAUUGCAACAUUAUUCUAACUCUGAUUCUGUUUCAACGGUUACACAUGCCAGCUUUCUUCCUGGAGUUAAAAAAGCUCAACAACUUCCUAUUUCAAAUAGAACAAAGAAGAAAAGGAUUGAGUGGAAGUAAUGUCUCCCUGUUGGUUUUAGUUUUCCCUGGUUUUAGAAGGGUUAAUAGUGGAUUUAUGUAUUUUGAUUCUGAAGUGGGCUAAUGAAGCAAUUGUUCCAAGCAGGGCCUGGCUGAGACAGCCUGGCCUCUCCCUGGGGCACCACUGAGAGCUUAAUUGGCUCAAUAAAUACUUGAAGAAGAUGUUAUCAAAAGCCAGGAUGCUUUGUGAAAAAUCAAGGAGGUUUGGGGACGAUUAUUUUAAUCACAUGUCUUUCCCCCCUUCCCUGAGCCCCAGGGCAUCUCUGCAAGAUCUAGAUUGGGAAAAGCAGUGGUUAAUUCCCUGCAGGGUGAAGCCAUUGGAAUCCUGUGAGUUUCCAUGAUUUCUUCUUGCAGCAGGUGAGUUUUGAGGGAGCAACACAUAAAAUGGCACAGAAAUCCCAGCACCAAGGGGUGCUUUCCUCCCUGCAGGGAUGAAUGAUUGCCUGCAGAAGAGAAUGAUUUCUUUUCCUUCCUCUCUGCCCCACAGUCAGAUGUCCUUACACCCACAUCUCCCGGGGUUUCUGCCUGGGUCAAGCAGGUAGGAAAAUCCCUCUGCCCAGGAUGGGUUGUUUGCAACUCUAAAGAUUCAGCAGGGGAAGAACAUACCAAGAAGGAGAAUUUACUUUGUGCAGAAGUUUAAAAGGCCUCAGGAUGGUUCACAUCCUUUCAUUUAUGGAGUUUUUUUUCCCUUUUCUUUCUUGUUUCCUUCCUCAGCACAGGGUUUACCUAUGGCCUGGACAAGUGUGAGGUUGCUUUGAAGGUGCUGAGCUGAGCAUGCUGUACAUGUUUCUGCUGUGUGGAGAAGGUGGAUUUAGGCUCAGGUAGCAGGUGCUGAAAGCUGAGCCUCAGGGCAAAAACUCUCCAUUUGUGUUUUUCAGUUCUUGCUGUGCCUACUGCAGCUGUUGCUUCAUUUUUACAAGGUUUCCUCAGAAAGGUUUUGCAGUCAAAGCACUGAAAUGUUCCUCCUCUUGAACCCUUGAGUUAAGGAUAAUCUUGUGCUUUAUCUGAGGAGGAAUUUGGGGAACACAAACUGGUAAAGCAGGGAUGGUCUGGUGAUUUAAGCACCAGAUUUUCUUAAUUUCAGAGUCAUGCUUGAAUGCCUCGUGUUUUCCAGAUGUUGCUUUUUUUCUUCAAUCCUUUUCACUACAUUGGUCCCAGAGGCAUUUUUU